AUGUCAGCUCAACAUCAACCAUCACCAUGGUAUGCACAUAUUGUUAAUUUUCUGGUUUCUGGAAAAACUCUAGAACAGUGGGAUAAGAAGAGAAAAAAUCAUUUCUUUUCUAAGAUUAGAAAUUAUUUUUGGCAUGAUCCUGAUUUAUAUUACUUGGGCAAUGAUCAAAUUUUAAAGAAAUGUGUUCCUGAAGAAGAAUACCAUAGCAUUAUUAACAUGUGCCAUUCAUCUAACUAUGGAGGACACUUCCUUGGACGAAAAACAGCUGCAAAAAAAUUUCAGUGUGGUUUUUAUUGGCCUACAAUCAUUAGAGAUUCUAUAGAAUUUAGUAGAACAUGUAUUUCAUGCCAAUCUAUAGGUAACAUGAGUAAAAAAGAUGAAAUGCCCAUGAGUAACAUGUUAGUAGUCAAAAUUUUUGAUGUAUGA